AUGGAAGGCUUUUGCUCGUUUGGCUUCCUCGUCGGAGCGAAUCUUGCCACGAGCGAAAACGAGCCUGAGAAAGAUUCGCUGGUCCGCAAUAUGAGAUGCUGCUGUUGCGGCGUUCGGUUUCUGUUUUCACGUUGUCGAACACAAGCAUUCAAAUACAAUACUAUAUCACUUCGAGACACUUCACGCAGCACUAUCAAACACAAGCCUACUCUUCUGCACCCUUCUCAAAUACAAGACUUCACCGCUUCUCCAACGCCAUGGCAGCAGCUGCAAUCACCACUCUGCAAACACUCACGGGGCCUGUGUCAUUCCCCACCUUCGCAUCACCGCCCAACGCCGCAUUCCCGCAAUCAUCGUUCCCGAAGCGCUGCAGCUGAAGAGCUCAAAGCGCACCCGUCAUACGCUCUGUUCGACAUCGACGAUACCCAUCUGAGCUUCGAGAAGAAACGGAACUUCUGGACGACGAGGGCAAGACUCGUGACCGCAGCUGGCCCAACAGACAUGGAGCCCAUCAUUAAGUUCGCGAAGUUGCCCGAGUUUGCCUGGUUCACGCACGAAGGCUAUAAAGAGUAUUGCUGGGACUUGCUUUCUGGGAGUCAACAGAGAUUGAGGCUCAGGCGUGCGGCUGCUGCACCAAUUGCCACUUCUCCCGGGCACAUUCAACUAUGCGAGUGUGGUCAAUCCUUCUUCUGCGCCACCUUGGACGAAGUGCGCUCUGAGACGUGUUGGAAGUUCUUUGUCAUGCAGACAAAAAGAGAGCUAUAUGCUGGCUUCGCCUCAAGAGGCACGAAGCGGCGAGCAGACGCUGCGGAGGACGACAACGAUGCGCCUCCUGCGAAGAGGAGGCGGACAUCGACCAAAUAG